AUGUCGGAUGACAUUGAGCCAACUUCUUAUGAAGAAGUUUUAACCUCCCUAAACCAAGAUCAAUGGUUGAUCACUAUGAAAGAGGAAAUGGACUCGAUGGAUAAGAAUAAGGUGUGGGAACUUGUUGAUCUUCCACUAAAUAGAAAGGCGAUUGGCAACAAAUGGGUCUUGAAAGUCAAACAUCGAGCUGAUGGAUCGAUCGACAAGUAUAAGGCCCGGCUGGUCGCAAAGGGCUACACCCAAAUGGAGGGUGUGGAUUUCUUAGAGACAUUUUCUCUUGUGGUGAGAUUUGACUCUAUUCGCGUGAUUCUAGCCAUCGUUGCUCAUUUAGAUCUUGAGCUACACUAG